ACACUGGGGGUGUGCGUGGCUGCGGCCGCGGUGGCGGCGGCGGCGGCGGGAGCAGCGAAUCGGGGCCGCCAGGGCUGCGCUUCGCCGCGGCGGCGCCUGUGGCUCAGGAUGCGGCCGGGGGGCGCGCUGCUCGCCCUGCUCGGCAGCCUGCUACUGCUGCGCCUUCUCUGGUGCUCAGCCUACGCGCCCGGCCGCUCCAGGAUCUUGUUGGAGGAGAGCAGGGAGGCCACCCACGGCACUCCCGCAGCGUUGAGGAUGCUCAGGAGCCCCGCGACCCUGAUACCACGCACCACGAACAGCACAUAUCUGAAUGAGCAGUCACUCCAAUUGACAGAAAAAUGUAAAAAUCUGCAAGCUGAUGUUAAAUCUUUAUCUAAGAAAAUGAAAAGGUAUUCAGAGGAUGACUACCUUCAGAUUAUCACAAAUAUUCAGAGAUGUCCAUGGAAACGACAAGCAGAAGAAUAUGAGAAUUUUAGAGCCAAGCUUGCUUCCUGUUGUGAUGCUGUUCAAAACUUUGUUGUUUCUCAAAAUAACACUCCAGUUGGGACUAACAUGAGUUAUGAGGCAGAAAGUAAGAAAGGAAUCCUGAUUGGAGAGAAAAUAUUUAAUAUGCUUCCAGUGUCCCAGCCUUUUGUGGAGUACCGUUAUAAUCAGUGUGCAGUGGUUGGAAAUGGAGGAAUUCUGAAUAACUCUCUCUGCGGAGCUGAAAUAGAUAAAUCUGACUUCGUUUUUAGGUGUAACCUUCCCCCAACAACAGGAAAUUUUAGUAAAGAUGUUGGCAGUAAAACAAAUCUUGUGACUGUGAAUCCCAGUAUUAUAACAACAAAAUAUGGGAACUUAAAGGAAAAGAAAGCAGUAUUUCUGGAGGAUAUUGCGACUUAUGGUGACGUUUUCCUUCUUCUGCCAGCAUUUUCCUUCAGGGCCAACACCGGUGCCUCUUUUAAAGUGUACUACUCACUAAAAGAGUCUCAAUCAAGACAGAAGGUCAUAUUUUUCCAUCCCAAGUACCUGAAACAUCUCGCCCUUUUCUGGAGAACUAAAGGUGUGACAGCAUAUCGCUUGUCCUCAGGCUUGAUGAUCACUAGUGUUGCAGUUGAACUGUGUGAAAAUGUGAAGCUGUAUGGAUUUUGGCCCUUCUCUAAAACUGUGGAAGACACACCUGUCAGCCAUCACUACUAUGACAACAAGCUACCUAAGCGAGGUUUCCACGAGAUGCCCAAAGAAUACAGCCAAAUUCUCCAACUUCAUGUGAAAGGAAUCCUCAAAUUACAAUUUAGCAAAUGUGAAAUAGCCUAAACAAAGUGUCUUAAAAUUUGGAUUAAUCUGAAUGUAAUACAAUGAGUGAUUAACAGUGUUUCCCAAAACUCAAGGAGGUGGUUGUAGAGUCUAAUAGGAAGAGCCCUGUACCUUGAAUUGAUUAA